AUGAAGAUCAAUAAUAAUUAUAUAAAAUCUGCAUCGAAAGAACUGGAGGUACGCAAUUGGGGUCAAACUUUUAAAUUGACGAUCGAACCGUUUGCAAAAGAGGAGGAUGUAUGGAAUAUGAUGUUUAGCAGUUCUAAGGGCGAUAACGACGACCAUCAACAUCAUAAUCUCCUACGCCGACGAAUGGAAUACAGUUCCAAAAAGAAUAAAGAACAUCAAACACAAAAUAUGGACGAGUAUUUCGAUUUAAACUUAUGUCGCUAG